UUUCAAUAUUAAUUAGGUAAGUAUAAGCAAAUCGAAACAGAUAACCCGAAGCUGACUCCUCUAGAAGAGGGGUAAUCUUCGUCUAUUGAAUUGAUUAAAUAUCCUGAAGCAUUUUAUUGUUAGUACCUACCAUAUCAACUAAUACUGCUACUGAGACCAUGAAGUUCGAAAUAAUUUUGGGUCUCAUACAUCUAUAUUCGGUAUUUGGUGCUUCAUUUUCAACAAAAAGCUGGGUAACACUAUCCCCUGAUGCAUCCUUCGCAGAAAAAUUUCCAAGUGAUGAAGGCGAAAAAAUACCCGAAAUCUACUCUAUGAAAGUCAAUACAAAUGUGACCAACCGUUUCGCUUCUUCUCUCGUCACUAGCAAAGUGAAAAACCUGAAUAUGAACCCUCAGGAAGUUACGUUUUCCUUCGUCUUGCCAGACACUGCUUAUAUUACUGGUUUCAUCAUGGAAAUAGACGGGAAGAAAUACGAAGCUUACAUUCAGGAGAAAGAAAAGGCAAAAAAGACGUACGAUGAGGCUGUUUCCAGUGGAUUCGCAGCUGGUCACGUUGCUGUCAAUGCGAGAGACUCUAACAAAUUCACUGUCUCUGUUAAUAUUAUGCCUGAAAGUAAGGCAACAUUUUACCUGACAUAUGAAGAGCUGCUAAUACGACAAAAGGGAUUAUAUGAUAUUAUUGUAAACUUGCAUCCAGGGCAACCUGUUAAGGAUAUGGAAGUUCAGGUCAACAUAAAUGAAACAAGAUCUUUGACAUCCGUAACGACUCCAUCGAUAAGAUCUGGCAAUGAAUUAUCCAAAACCAAUGAAAUAAUUGAUCCCAAAGCGGAAAUUGAACGCAUAGGAAAUAAUGCAGCAAGAAUUAUAUUCAAGCCGGAUAUUAUAAAACAGAAAGAAUUGGCAAAAGAAAUAGGGACUGAGGAAGAAAAUGGUUUUGCUGGUCAAUUCAUCGUGCAGUAUGAUGUUGAGAGAGACCCUCAUGGUGGGGAGCUCUUAUUCGCAGAUGGGUACUUCGUUCAUUUUUUCGCCCCCAAGGACGCGAAACCGGAACCAAAACAGAUAAGCUUCGUUUUAGACACAAGCGGAAGCAUGUGGGGCCGUAAAAUGGACCAAUUGAAAGCGGCUAUGAAGAAUAUUUUAGAUCAACUGAAUAUGGAGGACUCUUUCAAUUUGAUAGAUUUCAAUUCAGUGGUCAAUGUAUGGAACGUUUCCAAAGGGGAAGUGCAGUAUCAAGAAGGUGAAACUUAUCCGUAUUUUCCCCAUGUCAAAAAGCCAUCCGCAGAUGCUCAAGUUUUACCGGAGCCGUUCGAAGUAUCUGGAAAAACCAUCGAGAAAGCAAAAAAAAUAGUAGAUUCAUUCAGGGCUUCUGGAGGAACGAAUAUCGAUGCAGCAUUACAAAUUGUAUUGAAAUUACACAAAAACAAUAAGCAGAAGGACAAAAGACAGCCAAUGAUAUUUUUCCUUACUGAUGGUGAAGCGACAGACGGAGAAACAGGUUCUGAUGCCAUAUUAGCAAAAGUUUCAGAGGCAAAUGAUGGUAUACCCAUCAUCAGCAUUUCGUUUGGAAGCAGAGCUGAUAAGAAAUUCUUAGAGAAAUUGUCUCUCAAGAAUAAUGGAUUUGCCAGGCAUAUUUACGAAGGAGCAGAUGCGGACCUACAGCUCAAAUCCUUCUACGAGUUGAUUUCCUCUCCCCUUUUCAACAAAAUAAAAUUCACUUAUGUAUCGGAAAAUGUUACUGAACUCACUAAGACUGAAUUUCCCAUUUUGUUCAAUGGAUCGGAGCUUAUUGUUGCUGGAAAAUACAAGACGCCAGCAUUAGAUCCAGGGUUUUCCCCAAGCAAUUCCGUUAUGGACAGUUUUGGAGUAUUGCCUGUCAUAAGCUGUUUUUCUGGGCCUACAUCUAUAGAAUUCAAACCUACACUAGUAAGACCUAUUGGAAGCUUAGAAAAGCACUGGGCAUAUCUAACAUUGAAACAAAUACUGAAAGAACGGGAAGCAUCUGACAAGAAUGAUGGAUUGACCAAAAAAGCUCUCGAUCUGGCUCUCAAGUAUUCAUUCGUAACGCCGGUCAGUUCCUUGGUUGUCGUGAAGCCGAAUGAUACCAAAACAGCUACAGAUCUUGAAGAUGCUUCAAAAGGUUCUGGCCAAUCUGGAGUUUAUCCAAAGUCCUAUAAAACAUCGAGUUUUAUCAUAGGUGGAAGAGCUCCAACAAACUAUGGUUCUGUUUCAUACGAUCUCAUGGUAGCAAGGACUGGGAAUUUAGGGUUUUCGGCCUACAAUUUGAGGGGUCCUUCAUUUCAAUUUCCUCCUGCGCAACCUGCACCGUUUGAUCUUAACUCAUAUCAUACAGCAUUCACAACUCCUGCUCCUAUUAGAACAACAGAAAAACCCACACCUGAUACUGAGGAUGACAUAAUAAAGAAGAUGAAGAAGGAACUACCUUGGUUCGGAGCUAUAUACAAUGCUGAAAAUGGAACAAUUUCGCUGCCUCAAGGAGUAUUUGCUAUUGGAAAAGCUGACCAAAUUAUCGAACCGCAUCCUGAAUGUCCAAAAACUCCAACUAAUGGAAUUGGGCACUGUGUCCUCCUCAGUAAAUGUCCACAAAUUUACCAUCUUCUCAAUCCUAUCACAACAUAUAAUCGAUUCUUUUGUUCACUUGGGAAAUUCGCUGGAGUAUGUUGUCCAACAAAUAGUGGAAAUGAAAGAAAGUAGACGCCACUAAAUACGAUAUAUAAUACCUAUUCCUGAAAUGAACAGGAAGAAUUCAUGUUUUAAUAUUCUUUAUUAUAUGAAAAGUUUUGUUAGAA